AUGCCUCCCAAUCCUCCGCUGUCAAACGUUUUUGUAGGACUCGCAGGAAGCGCGGCGGCGGGCAGCGCGAUUCGGUGGGGCGGGAUCGUCGUCACGCAUGACGCGUGUCCAGUGGUCCACGAAUUCACGUUGAAUGGCGUCCGGAGCAGUUUAGUCGCUGGGCGGAAGAAAUGGGCCGUUGAACGCUCAUUCUUGCCCGCAUGCACGUCGAAUUUAAGGCGCCGCGCUUCGGUCAAUCGCCCUGCGGCGGUCGCCUUUUCCCGCAUGUAG